GGUUCUUCAUGGAGCUCGGAGCGCCAGGGUAGGCUCUGGAUUGAUCAGGGCAACAAUGCUGCGCUGCAGUAGCAGGCCACUGGAAAUCUGUGGGAGCUUGCUGGCGCUGGCGCUGCUGCUCGGGCUAGGGAUCGACACGGCGCUGGCCCUUGGCGCCAUGACGACCUUGGCGGCGAUGCGCGGCAGCUUCACUGACGCCAAGAACUCGUUCGCGCUGUGCGUUCUCCGCGCUGGCACAAUGCAGCCUUUCUGCUGGGGUACCUUUGUCAUCGACAGCAACAUCUCCCCGCCAGGGAAUUCCCUGAUCUGGGCGAUGAAUGGGGGCGCCUACUUCGCUUGCGGCCUCCGGGCGGAUUCACGGUCUCCUCUCUGCUGGGGGCAAUCGCCAGGCAGCGAUGUCCCGGACGAAUUCAAGAACGUCAGCUACGCGGAGAUCAGCUGUGGCGGUUGGCACGCCUGCGCUGUGCGGUCCAAUUCCUCCUCCACCGCUCCAGGCCAGAUCGAUUGCUGGGGCGCCAGCGAUUUCGGUCAGAUCAGCCGCCCGGAUCGCCCCUCUCAGAUGGUGUCCAUCACUGCCGGGGACUACUUCUCGUGCGCAUUGGUUGCUUCCACGAGGCGGCCGAGGUGCUGGGGGAAGAUCUCCAAGUCCGGCAACACCACGGAGGUGAUUCCUCACGACUCGGUGUUCUUCCGGAUCUUCGCUGGAAGAACUCACGUCUGCGGCAUUUUGCUCGCGAGCCGCGAGGCUCUUUGCUGGGGGAACAACGAGUCCGGCCAGUGUGAUCCUCCAAAGGGUCUCUCCUUUGCGACUCUAGCCGCCGGGAUCGACCACUCUUGCGGGAUCCGAGACGAUUCUCACGAGGUGGUGUGCUGGGGGGAUAACAAGCACGGUCAGCUGGAAGUUCCAUCGGAUCUAAAGUUCUCCACGAUAGCGGCAGGGGAUUUCUACACUUGCGGGGUGACCCUGGGCGAGCGCCAACUUUUGUGCUGGGGAAGCGCCAGAGCUCCGAAAACUAUCCGAGUGAAAGAUGGACUUUGCGUGGCCGAUUGCGAGCACGACCAGUACGAUCUCAUGAACACCGACGUCAAGGACUGCGCCGGACCCGAGGAGAAGAUCUGUUUGCCGUGCGCGAGGUGCAAGGCUGGGAGCUACGAGACAUCGCCCUGCGUUCCUUUCAGUGACAGGAGCUGCUCUAGCUGCAAGUGGUGUUUCUCGAGGGAGAUGCGCGAUCAUCCGUGCCGGCGAACUUGUCCAGCGCCGCGGAGCUUGUCGAUCUCGGGACCGCAACCAUCCGCCGCUGUAGCUUCGGAGCCAGCUGCUUUGGAUUCUGGCAACGUGACCUUUCGACCACCGGGCGUCGAGCACUCUGAUCAAAGUUUCAAGCGUUACCGGGACGUGACCGGAGUAAUGCUGGUGAUCAUCAUCUCUUUGGUUACAAUCUUCACAACCUAAUCGGCAAAGUUUUGCGAGCUGACAUCGAAGCGUCAGAUCGGUCGGUCGGUACCAGUGAGAAAAUAAAAACUACGUAAAUAAUCGUGGAAAGGGAAAGGGAAUGUCAACCUUUGUUGUGCUGCUAGCUCCAUAAUUUUUGGCGUCCGGAAGAAUUUGAGCUGGUUUUCAAGCUCUCGAAUGUCAGCCAUCUUCUCAUUCUUACGGUAAGAAAGAAUUGUUUCAGGUAGGAAAAGCUAUGGUUCUCUUUGCUCUUGAUUCUCAAGCUCGGAUUUUUCUAUUCGGUGCCUUUAAAGCCUGAUGCGAUGCUACAGCUGAGAUCUCUUGGCCAUUUUGAUUGAUUGACUUCCAGCUAGCAAACUCCAACAAAGACUACAGUGAUUUUCAUCAAAGCUCCGCGGCAUCGCAGAAGGCAUCGAGAAUUCUCGCGAGCGCGCCAAGAAACUCCGUUAAAAUUUGUUAGAGGGAGGGGAUAUUCGUCCGGCGGCCCACCGAAACCAUGUGAGAAGCACCGAAUAAAAUUUGUGCCAGGAGAGCAAAAAAAGGAGUGAUUUGACUCGCAAA